AUGGCGUCGGGUGACAGCUCCCGGGGCGGCAGGCGGAGGGAGAGGACCGAGUCAGCGACCUUCCCCAUCGACGCCGUGAAGACGAGGCUCCUGCUCCGGCCGUGCUCGCGAGGGAGAACGGCGGCGUCUCAGGGUUGUACAGGGGCCUGCCCCCGGCCGUGCUCCGGCACUUCGUCUACACUCCGCUCAGGAUCGUCCCUCCUGUCCUCUUUCGAAUGGUUCCCUGUGGAUCGCUCGCGUGCUGCAGAUCGCGGCCAGUCCAGCGGACCUCGUGAAGGUCCGGAUGCAGGCGGACGGUAGCCUCUGGAGCCAGGGGCUCAAGCCGCGAUACGCCGGGGUCACCGACGCUCUCCAGAAGAUCGUACAAGCGGAGGGCGUUCGAGGGCUGUGGAGGGGGUUCGUCCCCAAUGCCCAGCGAGCGUUCUUCGUCAAUAUGGGCGAGCUAGCCUGCUACGACCAGGCGAAGAGGUUCGUCAUCGCCAACCAGGCCUGCGGUGACGGCGUCUACGCCCACACCUUGGCUUCCUUCGCGUCGGGUCUCUCUGCGACGGCCCUGAGCUGCCCCGCCGACGACGUGAUAAAGACUAGGAUGAUGAACCAGGAGGGGGCAGAGAGUCGAGCGCCGUCUACGCAAGUUCCUAGGAUUGCUUGGUUAAGAAGACAGUGAGAUUCGAGAGCGUGGGGCCGCUGUGGAAGGGCUUCCUCCCCACCUGGGCCAGGCUUGGUCCCUGGCAGUUCGUGUCAGAAAAACUUCCUUGACCAAUAGGGUAGAUCAAGAAAACAGCAGUAGCAGCUGCUACAGGAGCUGAAUAUGCAACAGCAAUCCAAGUCCGGGUCUCCUACGAGAGGCUCCGGCGAGCCGCAGGGCUCUUGUCCUUCUGA